UACACUUCGGAUCUUCUAACAUCGGGUGGAAUCAAAUACGCGUUUUCGUCCGUUUGCCCAACACUCUCAUUUUGGAAAAGGUCCUUAGAAGUCAGUCACAUUUAAUUUUCACGUAACUGAAAAAUCAACAAUCGGGAAAGCCUUUAGCUUCUUUUAAUCGAUGAUGAAAUGAAUGCGCAGUUGUUGUAAGAAAAGUGUAAUAAUAGAUUGAAAAUUAUCGUGUUCGAUUCGAAUGAAAAUUUCAUACUGCAUUUUGGAAGCCGAAUUUAUGACACGCAAUUCGGAUUGGAGGUCGACGUAACGAGUGUACUGAACUUGCAUAGGCAUCGGUAUCCAUUGUGGCAGGCUGCGUGUUGAAGUCCUUUUCCUGAAAGGUAUUAGAUAAAGAUACAAGUUUCUGAAUGCAUUUGUUUGAUUCGUUCAAUUUCUGUCCAGGUGAUUAUACAAUUCUUGUUCUGAGAGCACAUGUGCGGGCUAAGAUUUAAAACGCGAAACAGUCCGUCUCAAAAGACGUCGCUUCGUUGGGGCGAUAGCUGUUACGGGUCAGUUGUUUAAGCAACUCAACAACAUGAUUAUGUUAUCUUCAACACUGUAUCAGUAAUAAUACAUAUCAUUCCAAACAUAUCUAACGAAUUAUAUUUAACGGUUGAAGAGAAGUGCUAAGACCCCUUCAGAAAUAUCCACCAGAAAAUCUAUUUUUCAUAAUUAGUGAAAGAGAAAUUUUAAUAAAUAAAAAAGUUUCUAAAAUCCAGGAUCGGAAAAGUUUAUUUUUAGUCCUAAUGUAAACUGCUGUGUAUAAUAAAGUGCAUCUGUAUUAAAGCAAAAUAUUUUCAAACCUAGUUCAAAGCUUUAUAUAAAAAGUGAAAGUAAAAAUGAAUUGCAACAUUAAAGAUAAAAUAUCUGUGAUGUGUCUUACAAUUAAGUAAUUAGAAGUGUGCGCGCGGAAGGAAGUGAGGAGUCCAGUUUGCUAUAACUAAACAAAAAAUUGAAUCAACCAAGAAACACCAUUUCCGUUGAAUUUUUCAUAUUCCUAUCACUCCAGAGUUUCCACUCAGUUUUGGGAGUCCUUCACGGAGAUUAGACAACCCAAAAAGUCUCAACAAUCUCUAUAUUCGGAUUUCAUUGCAAUUUAGCAAAAGCUGUGUCUCCAUCAAAAUGAUUAACAUCGCAGGUGUCGUAAGCAUCGUUCUUUUCUAUCUCCUGAUUUUGGGUGUUGGCAUAUGGGCAGGACGAAAGAAGGAAGAAGGCAAUGACUCGGAAGAGGAGGUGAUGCUGGCAGGAAGAUCGAUUGGCUUGUUUGUUGGCAUUUUUACAAUGACAGCCACUUGGGUGGGUGGUGGUUAUAUAAAUGGAACAGCCGAGGCGAUUUAUACUUCGGGCCUGGUAUGGUGCCAGGCUCCUUUCGGAUAUGCUCUAUCACUCGUCUUUGGUGGCAUAUUCUUCGCAAACCCAAUGAGGAAGCAGGGAUACAUCACAAUGUUGGAUCCGUUGCAGGAUUCGUUUGGCGAGCGGAUGGGAGGACUAUUGUUCUUGCCAGCUUUGUGUGGUGAAGUGUUCUGGGCUGCAGGAAUUCUAGCAGCUUUAGGUGCCACCCUCUCUGUCAUCAUUGAUAUGGAUCACAGGACAUCGGUUAUAUUAUCUGCAUGCAUUGCUGUUUUUUAUACGCUUUUUGGUGGACUAUACUCAGUCGCUUAUACUGACGUUAUACAGCUCUUUUGUAUAUUCAUUGGAUUAUGGUUAUGCAUACCCUUCGCUUGGAGCAAUGAACACGUUCAGAGUCUGUCCGAUAUGAAUGUGGAUUGGAUUGGUUCGGUGGAUCCGCAGGACUACUGGUUCUAUUUAGAUUACGGUCUACUGCUUAUAUUUGGAGGAAUUCCAUGGCAGGUAUAUUUUCAACGAGUACUCUCAAGUAAGACUGCAGGGCGCGCACAGGUCUUAUCGUAUGUUGCGGCGUUUGGAUGUAUAUUAAUGGCUAUCCCACCGGUUCUUAUUGGAGCCAUUGCCAAGGCUACAGCAUGGAACGAAACAGGCUACACUGGCCCUUACCCUCUAACAACGGAUCAGACUAGCAUGAUCCUUCCAAUGGUUUUACAGUAUCUCACUCCUGAUUUUGUAUCGUUCUUUGGUUUGGGAGCAGUUUCGGCAGCUGUGAUGUCUUCAGCCGACUCUUCUGUGCUCUCGGCAUCAUCUAUGUUUGCACGAAAUGUAUAUAAACUGAUAUUUAGGCAGAAUGCAUCUGAAAUGGAGAUCAUUUGGGUAAUGAGGGUAGCAAUCGGUGUUGUUGGAGUAUUAUCGACGGUAAUGGCUUUGACGAUACCUUCGAUUUAUGGCCUAUGGUCUAUGUGCUCAGAUUUAGUAUACGUCAUCCUAUUUCCACAGCUUUUAAUGGUGGUACAUUUUAAAAAUUAUUGCAACACUUAUGGGAGCUUAUCAGCGUACAUAGUAGCCUUUUUCGUACGACUGUCCGGUGGUGAGCCCCUGAUGGGUUUGCCAGCAUUCAUUCACUACCCGGGCUAUGAUCCAGUUCAGGAGAAGCAACUUUUCCCAUUCAGGACAAUGGCGAUGUUGUUAAGUUUAAUUACGCUGGCAGGAGUCUCAUGGUGGACAAAGAUGAUGUUCGAAUCAGGGAGACUGGCUCCUGGUUACGACUACUUCCGCUGUGUGGUGAAUAUACCAGAGGAUGUUCAGAGAGUUGGUGAACCAUCGGAAGCGGGUGAGCAGAUGUCCAUGAUGGGAGGACAAAUGGGACGAAAUUACGCUGCCACAAUGGUCGGUAAAGACGAGAGGAAUGGUCGGAUAAAUCCUGCUCUUGAACCAGAUGAUGAUUUACCAGUUGUCGAAGCACAAAAGAAUUUACAAAGUAGUAGUGGAGGAGGUGGACAAAAGGUCGCAAUUCCAAGCACAGAUCAAGGGCAUACUGCCUUCUAAUGCAAUGUAAAAUAGACAAUGGUUGCAGGUAAAAACGAAGGUAACUACAUUAGAAAUCAACUUGAAAAGAGAAGAGACUUAAAGAAAUUCAUAUAUACAGACACAUACAUAUACAUAUCUAUGAUCUUGAUCCUCUGAUUUCGAAAUAGGAAAGAAUUUAUUUGGAGAUUCUGAAAUUAUUUUCCUGUUUAAUCCUGAAUUAAUUAGUUUGAGUAGUAAUUAUGACUCUUAUCAAAUGUUUACUCAACUAUUGAGGUCAAAUUUCAUUGAUCCUUUCAAAUCAGUGCAUAACUUUGAAGGUUUUAUUUUUAUUUAUUUAAAUUACUUGAAAUUCUUUAGAUAUUUCAACCUUUAAGCCUGGCUUAAUGUAAAAUUCUAGAUGGUUGAAAAAUUGGUUUCUACCCUAGCGACUAUAGCCAUAGAACUGCAGUAAUUUAAGUAAGUACCUAACUAAAAAACUGAUAGGUGAAUUCUACACGAAAUAUAAAAGAAUUUAUAUAGAGAAAUUAUAUAAAAUGUAAAAAAGGCAACGGUUACAUAUCAACUAAAAAUCAAGCGAGCUAGGAUAAUGCAUCAAAACAUAUCAUCUACGUAAAAAUUUGAAUAAUGUAAUCAAUCACAAACACAUACCUAUUUUAGGCUGGAAACUAGGACAUGCUAGUGAUUUUAACGUAGUACCAUUUGGGUGGUUCUUAAUUAUGUAUUGGAGAUACACAUAUGUAGCUAAAGUCCAGUUGAUUUACCAAAGUAAACGCUUAUAAUCUAGUCUCCUAUAAUUUUUGUUGAAUUAGGCUAAGUAGGAUGAAGGAAUGAUGGUUGAAAACGUGAUUUUGAUGACGCCACAUUGAAUUUAAUUUAGGUUGCUUCCAUUUCACUCCUUUGUAAACUACCUGAAACUUGUUCUAAACAAUUAAAUGAAGAUACAUAUAUAGCUUUAUUUUUCUAAAAAUCUAAAGAUACAAGUGGAUUAUCGCACAUCAAGGACAAUACUGAAUAGCAUGCAUGCACUGCUUUCGGCUGACAAAUAACAAAUCUUGAGUUUUCGUAAUACGAUGCAGUACUUGUGCUUUGAUUGUUUCUCAUUAAAACUGAAGAUAUUUUGUUGGAGUUAGUUCCUCCUUAGCUCACUGUACUAUCUUUCUAUUGUUGUUCGAUUUGUUGUUAUUCAAUUUAUCCUCUUAGGUAAUGAUGUUCGGUUUUAUUUAAUGCUCAUUUUGAUCCUGAAGUGAAUCCUGAAAUUAAUCUAUUGACAAUGAACUAUUCUUCUAGUUGUGCCUAUGCUCUUUGUACUUAAAUCAGAGAAGAUUCUUUAAAGAGGGUUGCAAAGUCCUUGCUUGGUGAGGUUCUCGUAAAGUUACCGUUGAAGUAAUGGUGAAUAAACUUUUGCGCUGGAGACCUUAUGAUAGAACUAACAAUCUUUCAUACAGAUCUAAUAAAAUUAUUUAAAAAUUAUGGAGCAUCCUUAAACCUUAUUAGAAUCGAUUCGAUGUCUGUCUGU